AUGAUGACAUCACCAGCGGCGGUGCCUGCGCGCUCUCAGGAGCGACUGGUGGCGGCGCAGAAGUGGUUUUUUCAGCGUGAGGCCGUGUUAGACACGUGUGCGGUGCCCGUAGGCGCCACAACUUCCGUUGAGGGCCGUCGACGCAUGGCGCGUGAAAGCGCCACACAAAUUUUAAGCCUCCUGGAAGAACUUCAGGCAACAAUUGGCCCUUCCGCGAAUGGGGCAGCAGCGGCGACAUCCGUCGUGCCAAUGAAUAAAGCGGCGGGUGGGGGAAAUCAUAACAACAACAGCAAUAAAAACACCAGCAACAACAAUCACGCAGCGAGAGAGGCGGAUGGACUUUGGAUGAGUGCGCUGGUGGAGGGGAGCGGUAGUCUCUUUUGCUCCGAGUGCGGUUUGGAAGUGGAGGCACGUGAAAUGCGGCUUCCUGACGGCCAUGCGAUGACAGCGGCGACAUCAUCAUCAUCACCAACAGCAACAACAAUGACAGUGUCAUCGACCUCACCGUCUGCCGAGGCGGUGAGUCGACGACUUCAGCCCUUACAGCGCCUACUCGCGGGUAUACAGGACGUGCGGCAUUUACACCCGUAUGGCAAGCUUCUCUCAAGUGCAGGUAAAGGGGAUGCGUCAGCGGAGUCAAUUUCAAUGCUCAUUAAAGGACUGCAGGAUGCGGUAGAGGAGAGUCUGCGAACCAUCGAACAUGGCUAUGCGACCUGCGCCUGCUCUGUAGACGAUAUUUCAGCGUGGGCGGAGUGGUCGCAGCCUCUUCUGCGGGUUCUUGGGGAAACACUACGGCGGGUCACGCUGGAGCAUGUCAUGGAAGAGCCACAGGAGCGUCUCCGCCGUGCUGCGUUCGACGUGAAGGAGAAACAACGGGAGCAGGAGGAUGCCGUGACAGAUGGAGACAUGGUGCGCUCGGAGAAUUUGUACUUUGAGAAGACCGCACUGCUUGAGGGGAUGCGCCCCCUCUAUGAUCAACUCGAGCACGUCAUUGAGACGUAUAAAAAAGACGCGGCGGAGGAGCCGACACGGAAGGUGCGUGCGUUGGCCACCGAACUUGUCCCUCGUCUCGUCUCACCAAAGAUUGCAAAGGAACAGAACCUUAAAAAACGCUGCGCCGCGGACAUAGAGAGACUUGCGUCCAAGCGGGAGGAGAUAAGGUCUGCGCGCAGUGCGCAACGUGCGAACUUCUCUGUGCAAAUGACCGAGUGGGAAAAGUUAUUCGAAUUGAACCGGCAGCAACAGGAGUCGUGCCUGCGGGCCAUUGAGGAACUUGAGCAGCGUCUGCGCCACCUUGCAGAGGAGCGUACAUUCCUCGUCGAGGAUCGACUGGAGAAGAUGUCCGAGGAGCGGCAGCGGGAGGAGGACGCGGCGACAUUCAUGCUGUUUGCAGAGCGGCAGGAGGAGGCCCUGCGGACGACGCUGCAGUACGUGGAGCAGAGCCUUCACUGUGCGCAGAGCAUCAGUGAUGCGGUGCAAUCGGGGUAUAAGCAUUUGAAUCACCACCUCCACAACGUCAUCCUGCAGACAGCCGAGACACAAUUAUUGAAUGUACGCAAGGAGCGACUAGAGCACUUCCGCAGCCUCUACCUCACUUUGGGCGAGCUGCAGUUUAAGAAGGAACGACACAUGGAGGAACUGGACAAGCGGAUUGAGUACUACCACGUCCAACAGGAACUUGCGAUGGAGACAUUUAACCCAAAGGCUAAGGAGUUCAGUAAGGCCAAGAAGGACCUAUUGGAGGUGAAGGAGACAAUGGAGCAGCAGUUACAACUUAUCGCAAAAAAGGCAGCGCAGCAACUGGAGGAUUUUAAACCAACGGAGAAGUUACUUUUGGCGUCUGGGGUUCAAUUCCGUCAUCCGGUGGACGAACUUGUGGAGAUGAACGCCGUGCGGACGCAGAAACUACUGGAGUACCAUUCGCUUAUGUCAACCAUGAGGAAGGACGACGAUGAGAAUAAAGAGGAUGAGGAUAGAAAUAUGGGCCAAUCUCAUUCACCGCCGCGGUGA